AUGUGUAAUCUAGAGGGCGCGGUAGAACUCUCGGCUGAUAUCUGGAUGGUUGUUGUUGACCAGCUUGAAUACCCGUGGGAUAUUGCUGCCCUGAGCAGAGCCUGCCGGUGGCUGCAUGGCAUCACCAAUCAUCUUCUGUACCAGCAUGCCGUCAAAUACGGAUUUGAUCUCAGAGCCAUGUUCUGGGCCAUCCGGUACCGCCUCCCAGGUGCGCUCAGGCAUGUUCUCGAAGCCGGUGCGAAUACCAACAUGGUUUGGGUGUAUUUCGACCCGAGGCCAGGGCCUAAAUUCACGGCAGUCCCUACAUUUGACGAGUGCCUUGGUACUGUGCCGGAAGGAGUCCAGUUCGAAUUCAGUCUUAUCUAUCCGCGGCCAUAUUGUUCUCCACUGCACCUCGCGACAUUAUUAGGCGAUAUAGAGAUAAUAGGGAUGUUACUUGAUUACGGCGCCGAUCUAUACGCCGGCUCAUGCAGGGUUUGUAGCUGCUAUGAUAUCCAGGAUAACAUAGAUCCCGAAAUCACUUCAGAUUUCAGAUAUCAAUCGUUGUCUGAUCCACGGUGGACGCCAUAUCAUAUCUCUAUAUGUGCAGGGCAUAUCCACACAGUAGAACUCCUCUCCUCGAGAGGCGGCGGCAUUGAGAUGCAAAGCAUCGACCCAUAUCGGGAUGUAGUCUAUAGCGGGCUAACUCCUAUCCACGUCGCUUCCAUAUCUGGCCAGUCUGAGAUGCUCGGGUGGAUACUGAUGAAUGCAGAUAGGGACAUUGACGUGGACGCCUUUGAUGCCUGUGGCAGGACCGCUCUAUUGUAUGCCUACUACGCUGGUCACUGGGACUGCGUCGUGCGUCUCAUUCGUAGUGGUGCGGACAUCAACAGGUACAACCGGGUGUCCUUCUGGGAGGAGACAGAAGGCUAUGGGCCUGAUAUCAGAACCCUUAAUCGCCACCGCAACUCGGUACAGGGAACAAUCCUCGCCGAUUCAAUCACCCCAAGCAGGUUCGAGGACGCCCUCCGGCUCCUCGAUCUCGGAGCUGACCCGGUGAUUGCGGACCAGGCGGUUCAAAACGGACUACCCUUGAUUCACAGGCUCUGCUUCCUUCCGUGGUAUACAAACUCGCAUGAUGGUUCACGCAAAGAAAGUCGCGCCAUAAACGAAGCCGGACUAAAGCUGCUCAAACACUUCCUUGCACUGGGACUAGACUUUCGCCGGAGCGUAACUCAGUACUGGCGACGGGACCCCCCUAUACCCGGCCAUACGGCCUUAGGACAUGCAGCUGGCUCCGGUAACUUACUGGCAGCCCAGCGACUGAUUGAGGCUGGGGCAAAUGUCGAUGGAAACCCAGACGUGGACCUUUGCACGCCCCUGACCCGUGCUUGCGAGUGGAGUAACGCGAAGCCGGUAUUGGAGAUGGUGACUCUGCUGGUCAGCUCUGGCGCUUCCGUCAACAAACUGAGAGCUCAAUCGAGAGCGCCGCUAUGGGCUCUCAUCUGCCGUUUCGGUGACCCUUACGAUGAUGAAGAAGAACACAUGCCUGACCAGUUGCAGAAAGAAGUAAUAGAUCUCCUCUUGGGGCUGGGCUCCAAUCCAUGGAGGGGCACAUCCUGCGGCGAUCGCUCGUAUCAGACUGCUCUAGACUAUCACCUGUUAAAUGGCGAAUUCGACAAGUUGAACUAUCUUGUCUCGAACUCUACCAAGGGGUCAUACGGGGAUGACGACAUCCUUAGCCUCUGGAACAUCGCUAUACGAUUUGAGGAUCAGGCUUACCUCCAAUGUGUCAUCAACCUUGACGAGCGCGGCCUGCUUGCUCGCAUGGAGCCAAUGGCUCUGCUGGCUGUCCUCUCCCGGCACCCUGUUGAUUUAGAGCUCGUGACGCGCCUUCUAGAGCAGGGCGCUGACCCCAAUAUCAAUCAUCGUGGCCGCAACCCGUUGGAGUGCAUCAUCACGCAAGCUUCUACGGAAACAUCGAGAAAGCUCUCCGUCAUUCGGACUCUUCUCGAAUCUGGAGCUUCCAUUUUUCAGGAGUUAGGUCCAUCGGUGUUCACUAACCCCGUGGCCGAAACUCCGUUUACUCCUCUGGGGUUGGCAAUACACUUGAUGCAACCAGCCAUCGGAAUUCUCGAGGCGUUACUAGAGCAUAAGCCUUUAAGAGACGCACCAGACAUAGACCCCUUCAAAUAUAUCCUGUACGCCUGUAUCGUAGGUAACACCGAGGCACUUAGUGCCCUCAUCAGCUCGCUGGGUCCCCUAACUUCAGGCAUGCUGGCGAAGGCAAACAUUACAAUCCACCAGGUCCUAGACAACGUCCCUCAAACGAAGACUACAAUAAGGGAAAUAAACACAGUCAUCGAUUGUCUGCAUAUUCUUGUUCAGAAUGGCGCCAGUCUGUCCGUUUUAGCACAACUAGGAUCCGACGACCACCGAAUAGCCAGGGAGAAGUUGGCCCGUCUAUGCGACGAGGAAUACUUUUGCACUGAGAACAAGUCCAAGUCGAGAGCAAUUACUUGGUGUUUUCAACAAAGGUCCGAUUUUUCAGGGAAGGGUGACCUAUCAUUCUUCAAGGGCGACACGAUGGAACUCUUCUUUCAGUUGCAUAUAUCGCUCGAACAGUUGGGUCGAAUACUAGGGGACAAUUCGAGAACUUGGGCGCUUCGGUUCGGGACAGGAAGCCUUAGUGAACGGGCGAUAAAUGGUGACUAG